UGGGUGAAAAUAAUGAAAGACUGCCCUGUGAUUGCUAGCACCACUCCUUGAGCUGAGAACAUUUCUCUUUUAAGAAUAUGUAAGAACUUUUAAUCAGGAUUUACUUCCCUUUACCCUGUUCAUGGUUUUUCUUUGGCUUCUGCAUUAGUAGCACUCGGGUUUUGCAUCAAGUUUUUGUGGGUUUCCUUUUCAUUAAAAACUUUGAAGUCUGUGAGCAACAGCAAGCAGAAGAAGGAAAUACUGAAUACGCCAGAAGACCCAUGAGCUGAGAUGCCCCCAAAAUGUCCCAGAGGAGGAAAUCGGUCCUGGUGGUCAGUGGCUCCCAGGACUGAUGACGAGCUCACAGCCUUGAUCAGCCUUAUCAAGCCUUUCUGGAAAAUGGAGAUGCUGGCUCAGACUAUGAAUAUUUCCGAGGUGGCACUAAAUGGCAGCUUCACUGACAGCUCCUCCAACUGUACAAUUGACGGCUUCAAACAAACUUCGCAAAGGACCUCGAUAAACAUUUACAUGCAGAACUUGGCUAUUUCAGACCUCAUGUUUGUGAGCACUUUGCCCUUUCGGGCCUCAUAUUUCCUCUUGGGAUCGCAUUGGAUAUUUGGUGACAUCCUCUGCAGGAUCAUGACUUACACCUUGUACAUGAAUAUGUACUGCAGCAUUUAUUUCCUCACCGUGCUCAGCGUGGUUCGUUUCAUAGCCAUUGUCCACCCAUUCAAACAUGCAAAAGUGACCAACAUGAAGUGUGCCAGGAUCACCUGUGUGGCCAUAUGGAUCUUUGUGCUGGUAGCUGCCAGCCCUCUCUUAAACAAGGGAAUCGCUGGCUACAGAAACCCAGACAAAUGCUUGGACCUCCACCCCUCCAGCACGCACAGGCUCCUCAUGAUGAACAGCUUUGUCCUCGUCGUGGGCUUCAUUCUGCCCUUCUGCACCAUUGUGUUCUGCUAUGUCUUUGCCAUCAGAGCGCUGCUCAAGUCCAGUUCUUUGCAGAGCAGGAGGGCAGUCUGUCACAGGAAGGCGCUGUUAACCAUUGUCAUCACUCUCAUCCUCUCCCUCGUCUGUUUCCUGCCCUAUCACAUCCUGCGAACUGUCCACCUGAUGUACAGCAGCUGCAGCCAGGCCAGCCUGCACAAGGCGCUGGUGGUCACUCUCUGCCUCGCUGCCACAAACAGCUGCCUUGAUCCCUUCCUCUAUUACUUUGCCGCUGAAAAUUUCAAAGCAAAAAUCAGAAGUUUGUGCUGCUGGUAG